ACCUUACCAAAUCUCUCCUCCUACUCAGCCUUCUACUCCACCCAACCCUCCUAAAACUCACUUUGCACUAAACCAGCGUUCCUCUAAAACGCAAGAUGUCGGAGAAGAAACGUGGGGCAUGGAGGCGCGGGGCAAGAGAGCGUGGAGCAACCGGACGCGGGGCAACCGGACGCCCAACGGGCACGACGACGGAAGAUUCAGGAAGUGACUCGACACCCCAGUUGAACUAUGACUCGGGAACCCUCACCCACUCAACCGAUAACUCAAACAAAUGCCUGGCUAUCUUAGUCACCUCGGUAAAUAUUGGUGAUGAAGUGGUAAUGAAAGAGGAAGCAAAAGAUUCCCUGCAAGUAGCACUACAGACAGAUGAACUGUCUAUCGAAACACGCUACAGCAUUCCUUUGGUCGGUAAUCAAGCGGGCCUUGAACAAGCCUCCUCCACCAGAGCAUUUGUUGAGCUCAAGCAACAUGCCAACUCCCUAGGGCAGAAAGUCAGUCAACUGGAGCUCAACAAUGCAUCGCUUGAGGCACGGGUCCGUGUUUUGACGCGUUCUCAGGAGCAUUAUCUCUGUGUGCGACACCGAUUCAUUAGUACAUUUAAACGGGAUAAAUGCGGCGGAGAACAAAGUGAAUCAGAUCGCCAGUAUAUCCAACAGGGGAAUCUACAGGUCCACGAAGGAGAUGUUGUUACCGAUAGCUUGCUUUAUACCGAAGCCACCCGGGCAAGACACGAUUUGAACACUUUCAAGUAUCUGUAUGGGAUAUAUCCAGUAUUUAUAGCACAACUCAGUAAGUACUCCCCUUCUUACCAAGUAGGCGAGAAAUCUUUCUAACCUGCACAGGACAGCAGGCAACCAUAAACCUUCUCAAUCUUCAUGCAACAGCCCGUGCCGCCAGGACUCAACAAUGCCAUAACCACUUUUUCACACUUUUUCAAGAGUUUAUAAGGAAGCUUCAGGACCAGGAGGGGAACUAUAGGGAUGAUUACCUUAUAGGUCCUCCUACUUCGGUAACUCAAGCAUAUCUAGCAUGUCUUCUGUGCUACGAUAGUGUUGCAGGACAGGAUGGGAGUUGUCAUUAGCUACAGAUUCUUUGGCUUGGGGUUCACGAGAUAAGCUAAGAUCCUGAGAAUGGUUUUUUGUGCUUUGCUUUGUGUAAUCGGAAGAAUUCCUCCUUUUUAUUUUUCUGCUCACCUCUAAUAGCAAUAUACGUUGUUCUAAACAUAUGCCAACCACCUGGUAGCACUAACUAUUUUUGUCUUCUUUAUCUUCCCCUGUUAACAUACUUCCUAUUGUAGGAGCAACCCGGCUGCUCCUGCUUCAAAGCACUACACGGCGAGACAGAAAGUAAGCGUUCAUAAAUCAUUCCGGGGGCGCUGGGAUGGAGUGCAAGCAGGAACGGUCAGACAGAUGGACUCUUAGAGACUACCGCCAUAUGGUUUGAGAUUCGGCAAGCUAAUAGGACCCUUUUUCAUUACGCAUUUUUUCCAUGACGGGAGUAUCUUGAGAUAGAAUUACUAGUAAAAUCCAUGUUUCCCCU